AUGUUCGAACAUGUGCCUCUGACGGUGCAUGAGGCCUUUUCUGGUAUCGCCGGGAGCAUCUCCCUGGCCUGCUGGAUCUUCCUGCUGGUGCCUCAAUUGAUCGAAAACUACCGCCAGUCGUCGGCAGACGGUAUCUCUAUCACUUUCCUGCUAGUAUGGAUGGCUGGCGACAUCACCAACCUCGCCGGUGCCCUCUGGGCUGAUCUCGUGCCCACCGUUAUCGCCCUCGCUAUCUACUUCUGCUUCGCCGACGCCGUCCUGCUGUCGCAAUGCUUCUAUUAUAACACCCUCAAUGCCCGUCGCGAACGUAAGCGCUCUAUCGCUGCUGCCGAGAACGCCGUAACCGACGAGAACGCUCCUCUUCUUGCCGAGCAAGAGAACCUUGGACUGCCUGGUAGCAGAAGACGCAGUAGUGCUGCCAGUCGCAGACGUACCAGAAGCAGUGCUGAGCGCAGCAACAGCCUCACCAACAUUCUCGAAGAGGGACAAGGCUCUACCGCCUGGUUGAAGAACACUCUCAGUGUCGCCAUCAUCCUUAUCGCAGGAGCCGCCGGGUGGGCCAUCGCUUGGAGAGCUGGCGCAUGGAAACCGACUCCCGUAGAUGUUUCCGACGGUGGCAGACACAUGCCCGUCGGUGCCGAGGUGCUUGGUUAUGCCAGUGCUGUGUGUUACUUAGGUGCCCGCAUCCCUCAGAUCAUCAAGAACCACCGCGAGAGAUCAUGCGAAGGAUUGUCUCUAUUGUUCUUUUUGCUUUCGCUCAUGGGCAAUCUUACCUACGGCGCCGGAUUCCAGAUCCUUCUCCACUCCGUCGAGAAGCAGUACUUCCUCAAGAACCUUCCCUGGCUCAUUGGAUCCCUCGGAACGAUCUUCGAAGACGCCGUCAUCUUCAUGCAGUUCCACAUGUAUGGCGAGAAGACAUCAGCUAUCGAGUAA